GAGGGGGCAGAACGCAUGCGCUCCGUUUACUAUCGGUUCAUACCCAUUGCUUGAGCACGCAGAAUUGGAUGAAAUGUAACAAAACAGACGACAACAUUGUACCUGCUUAAAGGAGCCGUGAUCUGUGUGGAAAACGCUAACAAACUCACGCCGUACGUAGAGGAAAGCCGUGGGUUUGAAAAAGAAUGCCGAAAAAGUUAUUCAGAAGGAAGAGCCGAAGAUAAAAAUUAGUACGGACUCAAGACAUUCAUGAAACUAAAGCAGACGCAGAUGAGAUCGAUCAAGGGGAUUACCGCAAAGAUGAUAAGAAGAUGAGAAAAACAAUACACGCGAAUUAGGAACAGCUGCUGAUUAUGGAGUUCGGUUUAAGUGGACUAUAAUGGCUUGAUUUAAUUCAGUUUCAUUCUGUGGAAAAACGGCAUUCAUGCUUCAAGUUAAGAAAAAGAAACUUUGUUUCGUUUGAUUGGAAUAUUUCAUUCUAUGAGACAGCGGACCAUCCGCCGUGCUGGUUAUUUAUCGGUGAGGCCACCUGUUUCUCGCCUGAUUUGAAUCACCAUGUCCAAAGUGAUCCAAAAGAAGAAUCACUGGACCACCAAAGUAAACGAAUGCGCCGUCUAUAAAGACGUCCGCGGUGAGCUGAAUGCCGAGCUGUUCGGUGGAGCGGAGAAUGGAGAGUUUGCCUACAUAGGACAAGUUAACGAAAAUGCGGUGGUUUACAAGAAUGGCAAAUUAAUCGAAGGGGAAUUACUAUUGGAAGUUGAGACGCUUCCUGUCUCCGGCUUGCCGCUGUAUGACGUUCUGACUGUGAUAAAGAAUUGCAAAGGACCGAUCAGAUUGAAAACAGUCAGACAAGGAAACAAGCUCAACAAGGACCUGAAACGCUAUCUGAGCCAGAGGUUCCAAAAGUCUUCCCCGGAUCAUGAACUUCAGCAGAUCAUCCGAGAUAACCUGUAUCGCCAUGCUGUGCCUUGUACAACCCGCUCCCCACGUGACGGAGAGGUCCCUGGAGUAGAUUACAACUUCCUGCCUGUGGAGGAAUUCCUGAAGCUUGAACAAAGUGGGACCCUGCUGGAGAUUGGAUCAUAUGACGGUAACUAUUAUGGAACACCCAAGCCGCCGAUCCAGCCCCCUAGCGGGAAAGUGAUUACCAGUGAUGCUCUGCAAGACUGCCUGCCCGGCUCCGAGCAAUCCACUCCCCGACGCACCAAGUCCUACAAUGAGAUGCAAAAUGCUGGAAUAGUGCCUGCCGACGUAGAGGACGAUGACGAGGCUCCUGAAAUGAACAGUAGCUUUACAGGAGACUCCAGUGAACCUGACGAGCACACCUCCGUGCGACCCUACGCCACCCGCGACAACGUUCCCUCCUCCGCGCCCAGCAGCGCUCCGUCGUCAACCACGGACGGCCCGCCGCAGCCCCACCCACAGCCCCACCAUCCUCCCGAGGAGGACCCGCUGGGCCCAAUCCCCGACAAUUGGGAGAUGGCCUACACGGAGAAUGGGGAGGUCUACUUCAUAGAUCAUAACACAAAGACGACAUCCUGGAUCGACCCCCGCUGCCUGGAUAAGCCACCGAAGCCCUUGGAAGAAUGUGAAGAUGAUGAAGGGGUUCAUACAGAAGAGUUGGACAAUGAGCUAGAGCUGCCAACAGGAUGGGAGAAAAUUGAGGAUCCUGUCUACGGGGUUUAUUAUGUGGAUCACAUAAACAGGAAGACGCAGUAUGAGAACCCCAUCCUGGAGGCCAAGCGCAAGAAGCAGUUUGAGCAGCAGCAGCAGCAGCAGCCACCUGAAGGUGAGCGCUACACUCGAGAAUGGAUAGAGGACCACUCGUCUGCUGGCAACCCCCCUGCCAGUUACGCCGCUCACCACCAAGAGACCUACCGGGACCCUCCGCCGCCUGGCCCUCCACCCCCCAUUGGGGCAAAAAGAGGUAAGCCUUUCUUUACGCGCAACCCGGCGGAGCUGAAAGGGACCUUCAUCAACACCAAGCUGAAGAAGAGUCGCAGAGGCUUUGGGUUCACCGUGGUAGGGGGUGACGAGCCGGACGAGUUCCUGCAGAUCAAGAGCCUGGUUCUAGACGGGCCUGCUGCCCUGGAUGGGAAGAUGGAGACCGGUGACGUGAUAGUCAGUGUGAAUGACACCAUCGUCCUGGGCUAUACUCAUGCCCAGGUGGUGAAGAUCUUCCAGUCUAUUCCCAUCGGCUCCAUGGUGGACCUCGAGCUCUGCCGCGGCUACCCACUCCCCUUUGACCCUGAUGACCCCAACACCAGCCUGGUGACCUCCGUGGCCAUCAUUGACAAGGAGCCCAUCAUAGUGAAUGGGCAAGAGAGCUACGACUCCCCGUCGAGCCACGGCAGUCAAGGCGGUAGCCACAGUGGCAGUAGUGCCAAUGUCGGGGGCAGUAUGGGGGGCAUCAACGGCGUACGGGAGCCCCGGUCCCACAGUCCCUCGGCCGAGGUGGCCUCCAACGGUUCACACGGCUACCCAAAUGACCAGGUGACGCUAGCUUCGUCCAUCGCCACGCAGCCCGAGCUCAUCACCGUGCACAUGGAAAAGGGCGACAAGGGCUUCGGCUUCACCAUUGCCGACAGCCCUUCGGGAGGCGGCCAGCGCGUCAAGCAGAUCGUGGACUACCCACGAUGCCGCGGGCUGAGGGAGGGUGACAUCAUCGUGGAGGUGAACAAGAGGAAUGUGCAGAACCUGUCGCACAACCAGGUGGUGGACAUACUCAGCAAGUGCCCCAAAGGAAGCGAAGUUACCAUGUUGGUUCAGAGAGGGGUGGCACCUGCAAAGAAGAGCCCCAAACUGCAGCAGUUGGAGCGUAAGGACAGCCAGGGCAGCUCUCAGCACAGCGCCUCCAGCCACCGCAGCGUGCACACCGAGUCGCCCGCUCACGCCUCGCAGGCCCUGGCCACCGAGACGGCCGCCGCCGCCCCGCCGCCCCCCCAUGCCCAGCCGCUGCCCGGCCUGCCCCCCCAGGAGCCGCCGGCAGACGGAACCAUCCAGAAGAAGCCGGACCCCUUCAAGAUCUGGGCCCAGUCCAGGAGCAUGUAUGAAAGUAGGCUGCCGGAUUCUCAGGAGCAGGAUAUCUUCCUGUGGAGGAAGGACACAGGCUUCGGGUUCAGGAUCUUGGGAGGAAAUGAACCAGGAGAACCGAUCUACAUCGGCCAUAUCGUGAAGUACGGGGCGGCCGACGAGGAUGGCCGGCUGCGCUCCGGGGACGAGCUGAUCUGCGUGGACGGUACCGCCGUGGUGGGGAAGUCCCAUCAGCUGGUAGUGCAGCUGAUGCAACAGGCAGCCAAGCAGGGCCACGUCAACCUGACAGUGAGGCGCAAGACUGGUUUCGGAGUGGCCAAAGUCGAUGGGGAGGUGCCUCCGUCCCCCGCCUCGUCCCACCACAGCAGCAACCACGCCCCCUCGCUAACCGAGGAGAAGCGCACGCCACAGGGCUCCCAGAAUUCCCUGAACACGGUGAGCUCCGGCUCGGGCAGCACCAGCGGCAUCGGCAGCGGCGGCGGCGCAGGAGGGCCCGGCACUGCUGUGGUCAACACGGCCGUGCAGCCGUACGACGUCGAGAUCCGCCGCGGAGAGAGCGAGGGCUUCGGCUUUGUCAUCGUCUCAUCCGUCUCGAGGCCCGAGGCAGGCACCACCUUUGCUGGAAACGCGUGUGUCGCCAUGCCCCACAAAAUAGGGCGCAUCAUCGAGGGCAGUCCGGCGGACCGCUGCGGCAAGCUGAAGGUGGGCGACCGCAUCCUGGCCGUCAACAGCUGCUCCAUCACCAACAAGUCCCACUCCGACAUCGUCAACUUGAUCAAGGAGGCCGGCAACACAGUCACGCUCCGGAUCAUCCCAGGUGACGAGUCCUCUAAUGCGUCACUGCUGACCAACGCAGAGAAGAUCGCCACCAUCACCACCACACACACGCCUCAGCAGCAAGCUGCACCUGAGCCCAGGAACAACACAAAACCAAAACAGGAGUCGUAUGAGUUCAAAGCCCCCCAGGCUCCUCCUCCACCGGCUCCCAACCAGGCCCCUCCUCAGGACGCAGAGUUCUACUCGGUGGACCUGGAGCGCGACAGUAAAGGCUUUGGCUUCAGCCUGCGCGGCGGGCGCGAGUACAACAUGGACCUGUACGUCCUAAGGCUGGCCGAGGACGGCGCGGCAGUCCGCAACGGGAAGAUGAGGGUGGGCGACGAGAUCCUGGAGAUCAAUGGCGAGAGCACCAAGGGGAUGAAGCACGCCCGCGCCAUCGAACUGAUCAAAAACGGAGGGCGGCGGGUGCACCUGGUACUCAAGCGAGGCGACGGCUCCGUGCCGGAAUAUGCCCCCGGCAGCGGCCCCGGUACCAGCGCCCAAAACUUUCCGGAAGUGAGCGGUGCACCUACCGACAGUCAGAUAAACCCAUCAUCGGGGUCCAGCUAUCCACAAGACUUUCACGAACCAUCCCAGAACGACGAGGACAAGCGGGCCAGGGAGCCCGGCAAGAAGAAGAAGGAGCCCGGCCGGAGCACCAACAACCACCAUUCCAAAAGCCGCCACCGCUCGCCCGACAAGAAGAGCAAGAGCAAAGGCAAGAGCAAGAGCAAGAGCAAGUCGGCGGAAAGCGGCGCCACCCGGCUGUUCAAGAGGAAAGGCGACAAGACGAAGUCCGGCACUGAGAACUCCCACAGUCACCAACAACACAGAGGCACUCACCAUCACCAUCAACACCACCACAGCAGCAGCCACAACCGGAGGCACCGUUCACCGGAGAGGAGCCGCCGUGCCCGCAGCGCAGAAAACACCCUGGACAGCCGCCACGGUCGUAGCCGUGGCCGCUCACCUGGCAGACACCACCACCGUCACACCUCACCCCGCCGCUACAAGUCUCCCCAGCGGGGCCGCUCCCCUUACAGGUCCCCUCAACGCCGUAGCUCCCCGCAUCGCUCCCCCCAACGGCGCAGCUCGCCCCCCCGCUACAGGUACCAGUCCCCCAACAGGUACCAGUCCCCCAACAGGUACCGCUCCCGCUCCGUGGACCCCUACGCCGAGAGGGUGGCCAACACCAAGCCAGAGAAGGAGGAGGAGGUGGCACUGAGGGAGCCUCCGCCGCCCGCACCCCCCUCCAGAACGGAGAGCGUCCUGACGGAGGCGGGCGCUCGGGAGCGUCUGAACCGCGGGGACACCCUGCAGCGAGACGCCUCCAGCCUCCUGCGGGGGCCCUCGUCCAUGGAUCGCGCCUACCGGGGAGACAGCCUCCUCACGGAUUCCGGCAGGAGAGACGCCAUCGAGAGGGCCUACCGAGAGGCCGUGGAGCGCGAGCGGGAUCAGGCAGCACAGACUCUGCCCAGGGUCCAGACGCCCAACUCGUCCUACAACCGCUACAGCACGCUGCUGCGGGGCCGCUCCCCGGAGAGAGAGGACCAUCUCGGCAAUGGCAACGGCAACGCAACCCUCGGUAACCGCUACAGAACCCGCAGCUUGGGAAGGGAUCUGUCUCCGGAGCGGAGCUAUGUGAACGAGGAGGAGGAGGAGGACGAGAGCGAUUUUCCAGACUACUACAGGGUGCCUAGGCCCGACUACGGCCGUGUGUCCAACACGCUGCCAGAGCCAAAACGCAACACCCACAAAGACAACCCCAAAGACCUCAGCAUCUGACCAAGCCUCUCUGCAUCACUGCACGGCUCCCUCCCUCCCUCCCCCACUGGUGCCCCCUUGAUCCGUGGGGAACAUGGACCCAGGAGAAACUAAUCUACCCAUCGGACAUCUUUGUGCUCGUUAACAGAGCUUCAGAACUUCGAAAAACACUGCAAGAAUGAAAGUAUGGUCUUUCCCCCCCCCCCGAUUAUCCAGGUUUAGGUGGUGUUUUUCUUUCUUUCCUGCUAAAGGUGAUCCAUGAAGUUAACAAAUAUGUACGAAAUACAAUUAUGUGCCUAACAGAACCAUUACUGACCUUUUUUGUUGGAUGAGAGACAGGCUUUUUAACUACUGUCUGACUAACCUUUAUCCCCCCCCCCCCCCAAAGGACCUGUCCAUGCACCAACCAGCUCUGUCAGUGGUGCUCAGACAUAAUGCUGUGCAUGUCUUUACAGUUUCGGUGUCUUUCUUUUUAUCGUUCCUCUCAGUGCCACUGUUUUUUUUUUAACAUUGGACCAGAGUAUAGCACAAGCCUGCAUUUGUUUGUAUAUUUUUGACAGUUUGCAGUAUGUGUACAUUCAGAGGUGAUCAUUUUAAAUGAAUGAAGGGAAAAUAAAAUUAUGAUAAUGUUAAAAAUAAAAAAAUAAUAUAUUAAAA